AUGUUUGUUUCCCUGUACACCGUCACCAGGGCAACACCGUCACCAGGGCAAACACCUGUCACCAGGGCAACACCGUCACCAGGGCAACGCAACACCGUCACCAGGGGCAACACCGUCACCAGGGCAACACCGUCACCAGGGCAACACCGUCACCAGGGGGCAACACCGUCACCAGGGCAACACCGUCACCAGGGCAACACCGUCACCAGGGCAACACCGUCACCAGGGCAACACCGUCACCAGGGCGGGCAACACCGUCACCAGGGCAACACCAACACCGGGCAACACCGUCACCAGGACCUUACCGUCGGGCAACACCGUCACCAGGGCAACACCGUCACCAGGGCAACACCGUCACCAGGGCAACACCGUCACCAGACUUACCGUCACCAGGGCAACACCGUCACCAGGGGGCCACCGUCACCAGGGCAACGCGUCACCAGGGCAACACCGUCACCAGAGACGCUUACCGUCACUGGGGGCAACGCACCGUCACCAGAGGCUUACCGUCACCACGCACCGUCACCAGGGCAACACCGUCACCAGGGCAACACCGUCACCAGGGCAACACCGUCACCAGGGUCACCAGGGCAACACCGUCACCAGGGCAGCACCGUCACCAGGGCAACACCGUCACCAGGGCAACACACCGUCACCAGGGCAACACCGUCACCAGGGCAACACCGUCACCAGGGCAACACCGUCACCAGGGCAACACCGUCACCAGGCAACACCGUCAGGCAACACCGUCACCAGGGCAACACCGUCACCAUGGCAACACCGUCACCAUGGAAACACCGUCACCAGGGCAACACCGUCUCCAUGGAAACACAGAUUUAA